GGCCCAACCAGAAACAAACUAAGAACCCAUGACUAUAUUCCCUCCCUUGGACACCUCUAGUAAACGUUCUUUGCUUCAGUUUCCUCAUAAGGAAAAUGAGGACAGUAAUAGAACCUAUCCCACAGGGUUGUCAGUAAUUUAGCAAGAUAGAAUACCUAAUCAAAGAAUCAAAAGAAAGUACAAAUUAAAUUAGAAAUAAUAAUUUUAAACUGUGGUUUUGCUAAAAAUUCUGUAAUUAUGAUGAAAUGAUUAUCCUUCUGGAUAAAAAUAAUUUGUCAAAACAACUCAAGAAAAAGUAGGAUAAUUUGACUAGAUCAUCAACCAUGGAGGAACUUAGAAAAUGUUAUAAAAACUGGACCCAGAGAGUUUUUUUUUUAUAAAUUCAGCCCUUUGAGCACAAAAAUUGUCGUGCGAUGUAAACUUUUUUAGAGUAUAGAGAGAGAUGAAAGGCUUCCCAGCUAAUUUUGCAGAGCAAUUUUGAUACCAAGUGUUAAUAAUGUAGCAAUACAAUACUGAUUCAUUAAUUGUGAGAAAUAUACCAUCUCACCAAUGUAAGAUCUUAGAAAUAGAGAUGCAAACAAUUUCUAAAUAAAACACCAAGAAAUUGAAUGUUGUUGUUUAUAAUCAGCUGGACCCCUCACCCCAAGAACAUUAAGAAAUGUAUUAAUAUGUUGCAUCAGUAGAUCAAAAGAGAAAAGUCACUUAGUCAUCUGAUGCCAAGAAGCUAUUUGGUACUAUGUAUUAUCUGUCCUGGUUUUAAAACUACAUGCAGGACCAGCAGGAUACUACCUUAGUUUAUUUUGGAACAUCUGGCUGACCCCAACAGCCCUCCUUAGUGGGAAGAAGUAGAGGAGAAUUUUCAAACGUGGAGACCUAUCCAUUGUUUCUACCUCUAGGAAUUUAUCCCAUAGAACUACUUGCACAGGUGCAAGACUGUUCUGCAGUGUUCUUUAUAAGAGCAAAACUUUAGAAGUAACUUGAAUAUCUAUGAAUUGGGGGCUGUGUUUAAUAAAUCAUGGCAUAUUUACAAGAUAGAACACUAAGAAGUCGUUACAGUAACUACAGUAGACCUAAAAGUACUGGUUUGGAAAGACUCUUUCCACCACAGGUUAGUUUUGCCUGUUUUUGAGUUUAAUAUCAAUUGAGUCAUAUACUGUACUCUUUUGUGUCUGGCUGUUUUUAAACCCAAGGUUAUGGUUGUGAGAUUCGGCCUUGCUGUGUACAGCAGUAGUUGGUUUAUUCUUAUUGCUGCGAAGUUCCUUUAUAUAAAUAUACCACAAUUUAAUUACUGAUAGCCUGUAUAAGUUUUAUGGUCAGAAAACUCAAAUAGUUUAAAAAGUGAAAUUUGAUUGAAGUUACAGCCCCAAUUAGAGGUAUUUUAUAACUUGAUACUUCUAUGCAACAUUAGUCUGCGUUUAUCUAACUCGAGUUAGUUCUCCCAUCUUCUUUAUCCCUUUUGAUUUCUGUCUUUUGGGUUCAUGGUCAUUAGUAUCUCCACUAUAGAAUGAAAGGGAAACAGGAAAGAGAUGAAACCUGAAUCUCUUAAUUGUGCCUCUCAUUACUGCUCUGGUUCAGAAAGGAUAGGGUAGCUCUUUCAUUAACGUACCCUUCCCAGUAACUGUGAUGCAGACAUUCAAAGCAAAUUUCUAGUACAAGAUAUAAUCCGAUACUCUUGCAGCCAGUUUUCUAGUUCCAUAGUAAAGUGACUCAGAGCCAUAACCAAACCUUCCUAAUUUUAGAUUGUUUGGCUUACCUUUCACAUCCACUUAUUUAGGUUUAAUAUAAAAUUUAAUAAGGCAAUCCUAACUUGAAAGUUGAAAUGGACCUUAGAGAUCAUCUCAACUGGUGUUCGAAACCUGGUGGAUGAGGAGGUGGUGUCUCUUGUGGUCCGCCCAGCCCACAUAGUCGGGGGGAACCCAAUCCAGAAUAGACUCCUGGCUUACAUUUUGGAGACAAUGCUUUCUCCUUAGUCAAGAGCCUUUUGGAGCUCCUUUACAAAAGCAGUUAGCCCUUGCGUUCUCUUGUUCAUUUGUUUCCAGCAUUUACUCUGUAGGCUUUAAGUUACUAAGCAGUCACUUCACAGUUUGUAAUUGUGUUUGAUUUGAUUCUUAUUUCUAGUCAUGAGCAAUAUGGCCCUUCAGUUUUGAAAGAUUUAUUCUAAAUUGGCCAUGGAAGAAUUCUGGUUUUGUCACUCUCUAAAAUUCAACCCAAAGUCCAAUUCUAUUUGAGUUAGCAUUCUGAGAGUAUAUCCAUAUUAUUAAGGUAGUAAGUGUAUGAAGUAACUUUUUUAUGCGUUGCUUUUCAGGAGUAGAGGUUUACCACUCUUAGGUGACUAAGCAGUAUCACAAAUAAACCCUCCAGCAAGUUUAAAAAUAAUUAGGUCCAACUCAGAGGAAGUGGAGUUUCUCCUGUUGCACAAAAAUGAUGUCUGACAGCUCCAGUGAAAUCGAUGUGGUAAAAACAAGAAUACCUACUUAUGAUGAAGAUGACAACACUAUUCUUUAUGCGUAUGAAACAAAACCUGAAUUUGUCAAUAAAGAACCGAAUAUUGUAUCUGACGCAUCGUGUAAUACUGAAGAGCAACUGAGGACAGUUAAUGAUGUCCUUCUUCAUUGCCAGGUUAUAUAUGAUGCUCUGCAAAACCUGGAUAAGAAGACUGAUGUGAUUCGUAGAAAGGUUUCAAAAAUCCAACGUUUCUAUGCGAGAUCCCUGUGGACAAAUCGUAAGCGAUCUGGAUAUAAAAAGCAUUCUUACCGGCUUGUUAAAAAGCUUAAACUCCAGAAAAUGAAGAAAAAUGAGGUUUACGAGACAUUCUCCUACCCUCAAAGUUACAGCCCCACUUUACCAGUGUCAAGGCGUGAGAAUAAUUCCCCGAGCAACCUUCCAAGGCCACCCUUUUGCAUGGAAGAAUACCAGCGAGCUGAGCCGGAGGAGGACCCGAUCCUCAGCCGCACUCCGAGUCCAGUGCAUCCCUCAGAUUUCUUAUCACCUUCAGGUAUGCUGGCCCAGGGAGAGCCCAAUUUGGUACAUGCCCCUGAGAUGACGAGUUACUCAGCUUUGAUGGAGAAUAGGUAUACUGGAUCAUCUCUCUGCUUCCCUUCUGGUUUUGUUACAAGGUCACCAGUUGGAAAUGACGGUUGCAUAGCGGAAGGAAACAUCACUAAGCACCCUUCAACCUGGUCGGUGGAAGCAGUGGUCCUAUUUCUAAAACAAACAGAUCCUGUUGCAUUAUGCCCUCUUGUCGACCUCUUCAGAAGCCAUGAAGUUGACGGGAAGGCUCUGCUCCUACUCACAAGUGACGUGUUGCUGAAGCACUUUGGGGUGAAGCUGGGAACGGCUGUGAAGCUAUGCUACUACAUUGACCGACUUAAACAAGGAAAAUGCUUUGAAAAUUGAAAAAAUCCUUGUGCAAAUUUAGAUUGGGCCAACUUCUAGAGGCACCAAUGCCUUCUUAGUGUGGAAUCAUUUUUCUGCCCUUUAGUCGUUUUUGUUUUGUAGAAAGUAUCUCUCAAAAUAUAUUAUAGCUAGAAUUGUAGAACGAUGUUAUAGUCCAGUCUACUUCUUUAAAAACCAUUUAACUGCUAGAUAGUAUUAGAAUAGUCCAAUAGAAAAUUCAUUCUUUAUAGGUCUUUAAAAAUUACUUUUAUUAUAUUGUUUACAAAUAUAUUUCAUGCAAGAAACAGAAAAAAAAAAAAACCCCUUUGAUUCUGGUUCAUCUCGAUACAGAGAACCAAAACAGCUAAGAGAGGUAUUAUCAGGGUUGACAACUCCUAUGAUUGAAUCUAUGGGAAUUAUUCCUCAGAAGAGAAUUUAAAGGUGUACCCAUAUAUAUCUCUUUCUGGAGUAUUUUAUCUGUCUGAUGUUGCAGUAUUCUACAAGUUUCCAGAAAGAGAAUAGCCAUAUAAAUUAUUUUCCUUUCUGCUAUUAUUUCUCUAUAUGUUUUAUUUAUUCAGAUUUAGAGUAAAAAAUAAGCAUAUAAACUUUUAUUAUGUGCUCUUAACAGUUUUAAGAUAAACUAUAGGAUAGAUAGAAUGGUUAUUUUAUGCAAGAAAUAUUGUACCGCAAGGGUGGUUUGGAUGAAGUCUGACUACUUUUUUUCAAACAAACUAUUAUAUUAAAACUGUCAUAUUUUGGCUAAGUUUGGACCUAUAACUACACUUUCAUUGCUUGCAUCUCUCUAUGAAGAUACGUCUGUCCAAACUUUUAAAAGGCAUAACUGUAUUUUAUGUGUUUAUUCUUUAUAUAGAUAGUAUUUUAUAUUUUAUUCUCACCCGAAGUAUACACACAAUCUUUUUUAAAAAAAUUUGAAAUGGCAUUUUGUAUUGCCACAGAGGUAGGAUGAGCCAUAUAUUAGUGAAAUGUUUUAUUUUGUAAAAUAUAAAUGGAUUAUUUGCCAUCAUUAGUACCUCUCAACUUACUUUUUAGAGGACAAGAAACAAUCUGUAGAUUGGUUUCCAUACAGGGAAGUUCUCCAUCCUAUGCAAUGUUUCUAAUUAAUUUGCUUAAUUCUGAGCCAUUAAUCCUGCUACACUUUGAAUGAUACAUUAAUUCAGACUAAUCUUUGGGGGCUUUAUUUUGUAAGUUAGAACUUUCAAGGGAAACAUGUUCAACACUAUUAUUUUGUUAUAAAUUUAUAACUUUGUUAUUACAUUGUGUAACAAAUAUAAGGUUUACGAGCUAUGAGAAUUGGUGCUAUCACCAUUAGCUAUUGGCUGUAAUGUCAAGAAAAUGUUCACCAGAUGCAAGAAUGUACCUUUUCUUUUUAGAAAGCCAAAUGUACUUUAGACAUGAAUGCAACUAUUUAAAGAAUAGCUUCAUCAAUGUUAUUCCUUACAUGUCAUAAGAUUCUUACUUAAACUUGGUCUUCUUUCAAAUUGUUUGUAUGAAGAUGCUGUACCCACUUGAACAGUCCUCAGGUGUUUACAUAAAUACUAUGUUUUACAGUUUUCAUAUUUUAAAAUAUUAAUAAAGUUAAAUCACAAUAGUUCA